GGCGAGUCCUGUGAGGGGCCGUCAUGCCGGAUGAGCCGGAUGGACAGAAGAAGCGGGCGGUGCUGGGGCGGUUGCUGGAGGAACCGGCCAGGUUUGCCUACGCUGGACUGUGCGCCAUUUCUUUGGCUCACCUCUUCCCGGAGAAAGAACAAAGGGAUUUCUGCAGGAAGUUUGUGGAGGAUUUGGUGCCAUGGCUGGACUUGUCCCCCACCGUCAUCCCGGCCAUGGAGGCGUUCGCCAGCGGAUUGGGAGGAGAGGGGACGGACACCUUCACCAAAGUUCUGCUCGAGGAUUCCGUCAUGAAGGAGAAGCCGACUAUUAUCACCCAGGAUUUGGUGGCGUUCUCUCUCCGCUAUGGGUAUUACGACGCACGGAGCCGCGUUUUGAUCUCCCACGUGUCCUGGCUGCUUCGCGUCCCUCCGGAAACCAUAGAGCUGAGCGAGGAGUCCCUGAUGGAGAGUCUGAAGGAAAGCACGGAGGAACCAUCAGAGUCGGCGCAAGCCUCUCGCCGGAAGAAGGAGAGCCGGAGGAAGCUGAAGAGGUAUUUACUAAUCGGCCUGGCGACAGUCGGAGGCGGCACAGUUAUAGGUCUCACGGGAGGACUGGCCGCUCCGCUGGUCGCUGCAGGAGCCGCCACCAUCAUCGGAAGCGCGGGAGCCGCUGUCCUGGGGUCCACAGCCGGCAUCGCCAUCAUGGCAUCUUUGUUUGGCGCGGCCGGAGCCGGUCUGACCGGCUACAAGAUGAAGAAGAGAGUUGGAGCCAUAGAAGAAUUUGAGUUCCUGCCUCUGACUGGAGGACGCCAGCUUCACAUCUCCAUCGCCAUCACUGGCUGGCUGUCCACCGGCAAAUACGGCAGCUUCGCCGCCCCGUGGCACAGCCUCCAGCACUCCACCGAGCAGUACUGCCUGGCGUGGGAGUCCAAAUACCUCAUGGAACUGGGAAACGCACUGGACGCCAUAUUGAACGGCCUGGUAAACAUGGUCGCCCAGGAGGCCCUGAAGUACACCAUCUUGUCAGGAAUCGUGACCGCAUUGAUGUGGCCGGCCUCCCUCAUCACCGUGGCCAGCGUGAUUGACAACCCCUGGGGCGUCUGUCUGAGCAGAUCGGCGGAAGUGGGCAAACACCUGGCACACAUACUGCUCAGCCGGCCGCAGGGACACAGACCGGUGACUCUGAUCGGCUUCAGUCUCGGCGCUCGAGUCAUUUACUUUUGCCUGCAGGAACUGGCGCAGGAAGCAGGCUCCGAGGGCAUUAUAGAGGAUGUGGUGCUGCUGGGAGCCCCGGUGGAAGGAGACGUCAAGAGAUGGAAACCGCUGACCCGCGUUGUAGCCGGACGGAUUAUUAACGGUUACUGCAGAGGGGAUUGGCUGCUGAGUUUCGUGUACAGAAGCUCCUCGGCGAAGCUGAAUGUGGCCGGUCUACAGCCGGUGGGCCUGGAUGAUCGGAGAAUGGUCAAUGUGGACCUGUCAUCGGUGGUGAACGGACAUCUGGACUACAUGAAGCAGAUGGACACGCUGCUCAAGGCGGUCGGAAUUAAGACCAACGAGUGUCGCUAUGAAGAGCAGAGCGGAUUGCUCCGCCCCCUGGCCGGGGUCGCGGUGCACACACCUAGCGAGCGCGCAGCAGAGAAAGCGGACAGCGGGGAAUGGUCCCCCUGGGACUGGGAGCCAGUGAGCGCAGCAGCCCAGCAAAAUAGGACCGAGCCCCAAAAUAGCCCCCCGGGGCCCCCACUCUCUGACCGCCCGGCGGGGCAUCACCGCUGCACGUGUGUUCCUUCAGGGGAAGAGGACCUGUUGUGUACAGACUGCUCGAACAACAACGGGAAGGACUCGGGCUCUUCCGCGAUACGAAUUCUCGGUGAUCCCCGGAAGGUGCCGAUCACCACGCGGUGUGAGCCGGGCCCCUCGCCGCCACUGGCUCGGAGAGACCGGGGGGCCAAUCACAUCAUUGCACUCGGGAUGGAGUUCACAUUAGGCCUGAACUUCACCCAAAUCAGGGAAGCAGCUGAUCAGAUCAUACGUAUUGAUUACCUGUCGUUUUCCGCCGAGCUGACGUUGUCACCGGGCUCCGCGUCUCCCCCCAACGCUUCCCACCCCGAUAUUAUGUAUCUUCUUAUACCUUCCACACAGCACUCGCCUCCCGCCGGAAAGUGUGCGCUACACAGGGACAGCCACGGGGGACGCACACUGCCCAGCCAAUCACAAGACUCCUCCUCUGAUGUGACCCGCUGCACAUCUGGGGGCACCUCACAAUCUCUGUAUCCAGACACCUGCCAGCAUGGAGCAGGGACCCGGCUCAGGACCGAGAUGGCGGUCAUGUGA